AGUAUGUGUAUAACCAAUAAUAAUAUUGUAUGUUGAAGUUGUCAGAUGAAUGCCAAACAUGGCUGACGCAGAAUCAGAUGAAAACAAACGAAAACAAGUGAAAAAUAAUGUAAUUACAAGUGGUCCGCGUGUUGUUACAAUAAAUAAAACCGAAACAGGAUUUGGUUUUAAUGUUCGUGGUCAAGUGAGUGAAGGUGGACAAUUGCGAAGUAUCAAUGGGGAGUUAUACGCCCCCUUACAACAUGUUAGUGCUGUUCUAGAUAAUGGAGCUGCUGAACUUGCCGGAGUUCGAAAAGGCGAUCGAAUAUUAGAAGUAAAUGGAGAAAAUGUCGAAGGUGCCACCCAUAAAAGAGUCGUGGAUAUCAUUAAAUCUGGUGGAGAUGUACUAACGCUAACAGUCAUAUCAGUUACACAACAGGAAGCAGAAAGACUUGAACCAACUGAAGAACAACAAGGCUAUACAUAUUUGGAUUAUAGUGAGAAACGAUCAUUACCUAUAAGUAUUCCUGAUUACCAUUACAGCGAUCGUAAUGGCGAACGUUAUGUUGCAUUUAAUAUACAUAUGGCAGGUCGACAUUUAUGCUCAAGACGAUAUCGUGAAUUUGCAAAUUUACAUGCAAAUCUUAAAAAAGAGUUUGUUGGCUUUAAUUUUCCAAAAUUACCUGGAAAGUGGCCGUUCACGUUGAGUGAACAACAAUUAGAUGCACGCAGACGUGGUUUGGAACAGUAUUUGGAGCGUGUGUGUGCUGUACGUGUGAUUGCUGAAAGUGAUGCGGUGCAAGAUUUUUUAACGGAUCAUGAUGAACAAACUAAUUCCAUUCCUGUAGACCUAAAAGUAUUAUUACCGGAUCGUGAAAUUGUAACGGUUUCAGUGAAAAAGAGUUCUAGGGCUGAUGAUGUAUAUAAUGCAGUUAUUGAAAAAGUGGGCAUGAGCAAGGCUAUAGCAAAAUAUUUUUAUCUUUUUGAAAUUGUUGAGUAUAAUUUUGAACGUAAAUUACAACCUGGUGAAUAUCCACAUAAUUUAUACAUACAAAAUUAUAGUACGGCGACGAGUACAUGUUUAGCAAUACGAAAAUGGUUAUUUUCUAUACAAAGAGAAUUAUCGGUAUUGGCGCGUGAUCCACAAGUCACAACAUAUAUGUUUUGGCAAGCGGUUGAUGAAGUAAAUCGUGGACAUAUACGGGCUGGUGAACGUUUAUAUCAAUUAAAAGCUUUACAAGAUUCAACACGAGCAAAUGAAUACUUAAAUUUAGCACGUGAAUUACCUGGAUAUGGGGAAAUUGUAUUUCCACAUUGUGCGUGUGAUUCGAGGAAAGGUGGUCAUGUGGUAGUUUCUGUUGGAACAAAUGGAAUACGAUUACAGGCAUGCUCAGAAGAUGGUACAUUAGAGGCACAGUUAGUUGAAUUACAUUGGAAUUGUAUUAGUCAAUGGGAGGCGGAUGAUGAAGCAAUGGCAUUUUGUUUACAAUAUCAUCGACAGCAAUCUGAUAAAAAUCCUAGAUGGCUUAAGAUUUUUACACCUUAUUAUACAUUCCUUCAAGAUUGUUUUGACCGUAUUUUCGAAGAAUCGAAAUGGGUUGAUACGGGAGAGUGAUGAUCUCAUGACCAAAAUUCAUCGUCAUCGUUAUUUUCACCAACCACUAAUAGAAAUCAAAUAAGUAUAUUUUAGUUAGAAUCAAUUCUCGUCAUACGUCCUAUAACGAUAUAUAAUUCCUAAAUAAUUUUUAUUUUAGUCUAUCUAUUUCCGAUCCAUCUCUCUUUUUUAAAGUUGAUUUAAAAAAAUCUUUUAUCAGUCAUAAAAUAAAUUAUGUUCAAAAUUGAACAAAAGAAUAAAAUUCAGGAAAUUUCAAAAAAAGUUCAGAUAAAGUUUUUCCACUCUAUAUAUUAUCGUUUUAUCUCUCUUUCUCUAAUUGUGUAAGUAGUUUAUCAAUUUUAUUAUGAUUAUGAAACAUUAGCUUCAAAGUUCUUAAUAAAACAAGCGAUGGUAAUGACGUCACAUAAUGAAAGUACGUACGAGUCACGACGCUUUAAAAAUUUGUGUUUAAAAGAAAGAAAAAGAAAAAAUAUUCAAAGUCAUAUCAAAGUAUUUUGUUCAGAAUAAAAUUCAUUUUUUUAUGGUUUUGGUUUUAUGGGAAGAAACGUUCAAAUGUUUUGCAAAAGUCUCGUAAGAUUUAAUUGAAAAUUUUUCGUAUUCGGAGUAUAAAGGGUAUAAUUAAAAAAAUUUCAUGUUUGGCUAGACUUGGAUAGGUUAUCUGAUGAUGUAGUAAAUAUUCUGGCCCGCAAAAAAAACAUCGCAGUUACAAAAUUUCCAGCAGGUAUUGAUAACUGGAAGUUGUAACCCGUCAACUGGCGAUAAUAAUUCGUACUAAUUAAAACAAUUUAUUCAAAUCCAAUCAAUUUUCGCCGUGAUAUACCUGUUUAAAGUUCCAAAAAAUUUAAAACUAUUAAACGCCUGCGUAUUAGCCUGCCCUACCACUUUUCACAACGUCUUUUUCAUAACGUUUGAACGU